AUGGAGUCCGGCAAUGGUCAAAGUUGCUUUGAAUGGAACUACAAAUUGGUGCUUUUGGGAGAUUGGUAUCAUCCUGAUGUUAGCAAGGAUUCAAAAGCUGGUGAGGUAUUCAAGAGUAUCCGUCAUGCAUAUGAAGUACUGUCUAAUGAAGCAACAAGGACUCAGUAUGACCAAGAACUCAAAUUUCAUGAAGAUACUGACAGGCCAUAUAGAGGAAAAUGGGACCAAAGCCCUGAAUAUGAAGCCAGGGUAAGGAUUUAUAGGUGGGCUGAACUGAGGUGGAAAAUGCAACAUGAGAGACAUUGGGAACGUUAUAAUGUCAGGGAAGAUAAUUCCUCCGAUAAUGAAGUAGAUGAGGUGGUUGAAGAAGGGAAUACAGAUGAAGAGAGAGGUCCCUUCACCGAAGUGCUUAGAUCUGCCUUUCUAUCUUUAUUUUUACUGCAGACAUUUGGAUCCAGAUUGUCUCUCACCUUUAGUAGCCUCAUGGCUUUGUUCGAUAGGAAGUUGGAUGCUGGGUAUAAGAUUGGUUAUGUAAUUGCAUGGAUAAUGGGUGGGAGGGGUGGCGUUUUGCUAACAUUGUGCCUCUCAUUUGCAAGUUGGGUUUGUGGAAAAACCAGUAGCAGUAUAGUUGCUCUAGUGGUGGUAGCCAUGUGGGUAGGCUCCAAUCUUGCAAGGUAUGCACCACUUCCACAGGGCGCACUGCUUACUCUUCUGUACAUGUCUAUUAAGCUGCAGGUCGAUUUAAAGUAA